CAAGGGAAAUUCUUAGGGUUUUGGCUAUGGCGGACGAUGUCGAGGUGGAUGCGUUCAAGCGCCUGUAUCCCGCGCAGUUUCUCGAGCGCUACCUGGAUGCAUCGGUGCGGCCGGAUGGGAGGCCGCUCACGCGAUCGCGCCCGACGUCGGUGUCGUUCAACGCUGUGUCGUCGGCGGACGGAUCGGCGCUUGUCAAGAUUGGAAACACGACAAUGCUGGCUGGAGCGAAGCUAGAGACGAUGGAGCCGGCUGCUGAUACACCCGAUCAAGGCUGCCUGUCUGUAGAUUUCGUAAUGCCACCGAUUUGCUCGCCUCGAGUGAGGCCAGGAAGGCCAGCAGAGGAGGCAUAUGUCAUAACGGAGCAGCUGCAAAAUGCCCUCUUGAGCUCCGGUGUUGUCGAUUUACGUGAGCUCUCGAUCGUCAGUGGUAAAGCCGCUUGGAUGAUCUAUCUGGACGUUUAUUGCUUAGACGCCGAUGGAUCACUUCUUGACGCAGCACUGCUCGCGUCAGUAGCUGCUCUAGCGCAUUUACAGGUACCCGCGAUCUGUGUAAGAAGUGAGGGAAAGAUCACGAAGGCUCCUCCAGAUGCCCAAGCAAGCUCCGAUGGGAUCGAGUUUACUCAACCGCGACGCCUCAACCUCGGUGAAUUUCCAUUCGCGCUGACAGUAGCCAUGAACCAAAAGUCCUUGAUCGCGGAUCCCACAGCCGAGGAGGAAGCCAUUUUAGACACUAAGAUGAUCGUGAUCCUCAACUCUUCCCAGAAAAUCAUCGCUCUCCACAAGGCUGGUGGAUCGACCACUGCUUCUACAGCAACAAUCCAGGAUUGUCUUGCGCUCGCGAUGAGAAGAAGAAAAACACUGCAAAAAGUUUUGGAAGAGGCUCUCCGAAAGAGCACCAAAUAGAUAAGCUGGUAAAGUGAGGUUAACGAGUGCUUUAUUAACACGGAUUAAAGACGCUUAGGGUUUAUUCUA